GACCUCUCCCAGUCCUCCGGGACUCAGUCUGGUUUACACUGGGUCGCGCUAGGAACGGAUUGACCGGCCAGGGUGGAGAGGAUGUUUAACUCCUUAGGCUCUAAUUCCUCCCUCCUUGUCCCUCGCUCCCGUUCUCGUUCGGACACCCAGGGCUUUCAUCCCCCAGGUCCUGACUCUCUCCCCAGCUGUCUCCUCCUGUCCCAUAACCCUGUGGGUUCCUCGCCGCACUUCGGGUCCCUAAGGCAGCGAGCAGCAGAGGGUUAAGGGGGCGGGGCCGCUGCAUUUUUUGCGAGUGAGCGCAUCCUAGCGGCUGCCAAGAGGGGCGCCCGGCAGGGACCUCUCGAAGCCCCCGAGCAGGGGCAACAGGUGUUUUGGAGACUAGGGAUCCCGAUCUCGUUCCUCGGACUUCUCCUAAAGCAGCAGACCCGCGAGGAUGCGGGGUGGAGUGGGGUCGGCAGGAGAGGAAGACAGGUGAAGUUAAAAAAAGACAACUAAGAAAUCAGCGCAGCCGGAGGGGGCGUCUGUGUGGAUGGGAUGGGGACGCCAGGAGAGGGGCUGGGCCGCUGUUCCCAUGCCCUGAUCCGGGGGGUCCCGGAGAGCCUGGCGUCGGGGGAGGGUGUGGGGGCUGGCCUCCCGGCUCUGGACCUAGCCAAAGCUCAGAGGGAGCAUGGGGUGCUGGGGGGUAAACUGAGGCAGCGAUUGGGGCUGCAGCUAUUAGAACUGCCUCCUGAAGAGUCGCUGCCGCUGGGACCGCUGCUUGGUGACACCGCUGUGAUCCAAGGGGAUACGGCCCUAAUCACGCGGCCCUGGAGCCCCGCCCGCAGGCCGGAGGUCGAUGGCGUCCGCAAAGCCCUCCAGGACCUGGGGCUCCGAAUUGUGGAGAUGGGGGACGAGAACGCGACGCUGGAUGGCACUGAUGUUCUCUUCACCGGCCGGGAGUUUUUCGUAGGCCUCUCCAAGUGGACUAAUCACCGAGGAGCUGAGAUCGUGGCGGACACGUUCCGGGACUUUGCCGUCUCCACGGUGCCGGUCUCGAGCCCCUCCCACCUGCGUGGCCUCUGCGGCAUGGGGGGACCCCGCACUGUGGUGGCGGGUAGCAGCGAGGCUGCCCAAAAAGCUGUCAGGGCAAUGGCAGUGUUGACGGAUCACCCCUAUGCCUCCCUGACCCUCCCAGAUGAUGCAGCGGCUGACUGUCUCUUUCUGCGUCCUGGGCUGCCUGGUAUGCCCCCUUUCCUCCUGCACCGUGGAGGCGGGGACCUGCCCAACAGCCAGGAGGCACUGCAGAAGCUCUCUGACGUCACCCUGGUACCUGUGUCCUGCUCGGAACUGGAGAAGGCAGGCGCUGGGCUCAGCUCCCUCUGCCUGGUGCUCAGCACACGCCCCCACAGCUGAGAGCCUGGCCUUGGGGUCCUGGCUGACCAGGGGCAGGGUGGCAUAGGAGUAGAAGGGGAAGGAAGGUUAGAUAGAGGACAGUGAAUAGGUAGUAGUGGGGAGAUGGCCCCAAGGUAGGGGGAGGGCAUAGAGUGAGAAGAAGGAUGGAGGUCACAGGGUGAGUCCUCUCCCCAAGAACUAAUAAAAUAGAACUGACCUUUUAGAAUGG